AAACAGAAAUCUACAAAAAGUUCUUAUACUAGUCAUUGUACAGCAGUUUAACGAAAUGGGGUACAUAUUUCUUUAAUUCAAAAGAAGGAAAAUUUGUCCUUAUUUCAAAUUAAACAAUUGCAAUUAAUUUUUAGAAACUCACCUCUCUAUAUAAAGCCCUAAUCCCAUUAAGUAAUCUCCACACAAAAACAAUCAUUAAACAGAACAAUAGUAGAAAUACAAAAGAAAUGAAGUAUCAGAUUCUUCUCAUUUCCUUUUUUCUCAUUCUUGCUUUCAAUUUUGCGGAGUCCCAAUCCUGCAACCCGAGCGGCAAGAUAAGAGGCAGAAAGCCUCCGCCCGGACAAUGCAAUCAAGAACAUGAUUCUGAUUGCUGUAAACAAGGCAAAAUGUACACUACAUUCAAGUGUUCACCUCCGGUUACUGGAAAUACUAAAGCAACAUUGACAAUAAACAGCUUUGCGAAGGGCGGUGAUGGCGGAGGACCAUCAGAAUGCGAUAACCAGUAUCAUCCAGAUGACGAGCUGGUGGUAGCACUUUCUACGGGAUGGUUUAACAACAAGAGUAGGUGCUUGAAAUAUGUUAAUAUCCAUGGAAAUGGAAAGAGUGUUAGGGCUAAAGUAGUUGAUGAAUGUGAUUCUACUAUGGGAUGUGAUUCUGAUCAUGAUUAUCAGCCACCUUGUCCGAACAACAUUGUCGAUGCCUCAAAAGCAGUUUGGAGCGCUUUAGGAGUAUCUGAUCCCGAUGAUGUUGGAUCCAUGGAUAUAUCCUGGUCAGAUGCUUGAAUUCCUUAUAUUUAUAGUUAUUUGCCUGUACAGUAUUGAACUUUUGCGUCUAAUUUCGAUUUGGUACCGAAUUAAAUUCAUAUUAAAAUGAUACCACAAGUAUAAUAUACAUUCAGGAGAUGGUACUGGCACAUUGGCAUCUUUUGCUUGAAUUUAUCCAAGUACCAUCACUUGAAAAUGUAAAUUAAAUUUAUGGUAAUAUUUUCAUACGAAUUAAAGUUUCGGUAUCAAACUGAAAAUAAAGACAAAAAUCAAGUGUCACAGAGGCUAGUAACUCCUUAUAUAUACGUAUAUCAUAUAUGUGUAAGUUCUCAUGCAAUUUACUGUUUGUGUUUAUAUAUUAUCAGGUUGAUAUAUGUAAUAUAAAAAAAAUCAUUCUAUAAAUCCAUGUGUAAGAUGAACUGCUCGAAAAGAAAAAUCAGUAUGUUACUGUCAUAUGUUCUUGAA